CAUCACGUGUUGUCGGGCGGCGCGGGGCGGGCGCCACCUGCCGGCUACGCUCCGCCGCUCCUCCCGCGCCUGUGUGCGGGGCCACGCUCAGCGCCCGGAAGUACGUCAUUGUCAGGUGGCCGGAAAGCGGCGGCGGGCGGAGGGGCCGGGCGGCAGCGGCAGCGCCGGCGGAGGCGCCGGGCCCGUACCUGGAAGCAAUUCUGACCCCAGUAAAUUGUGAUCCAUGGCUACAGUGCUAUUGUGCCGAAGAUUUCCAAGGCUGAGCAGGGUGACAACAUUUUCAACCACAGCCAAGCACAAGGCCGAGAGCGGGAGCAGCAAAAGUGAGCAGGAUAAGGAAGAGAACCCAGAAGCAGCCAAUGUCGGCACCAAGUCUGCAGCCACAAUCCACUUGCUGAAUCCCCUGGACUACAGAGUGUUGUACAAUCCAGCUGCCUAUGCCAAAAGCAGAGCUGUGUCCCAGCAGCACGCUGCUAGGAAUGGUGGCCAAGCUCUUGGUGACGCUUUCACCAGCCCUGGCACCUCACAGGUUCACCAUACAUUCGAUACCUCCUCAUCUCAAGCUUUGCCACUUCUCCAAAAUGCUCUGCCAAAGCCCAAGUCCAAACCUCUCCUUGAGGAGACCGUCUCAGCAUGUCUCUCCACGGCACAAACCAAGGAAGAGGCAGAAAAGGUAAAAAUGGAGACGCACGACUCCAAGGAGGACCCCCGCAUGUUUCAGAAGGGGCGGCCUGAGUACAGAUCUGUCAGCUAUGACAAGUCUGAGCCACCGGAGACCCUUCCAUUAGAAGAACGUGACUCGAUUUUGCACAGCGUGGCCAUAUGCGAGGGCAGCCAGAGCCCAGCAACUCUUGCAGAUUAUUUUCGCAAACUGAGUCGUUUGCCGGUGGAACAACACGCAGCAUUGGUGUCCGAACCCAGGUUUAAUACACUGUGUUCCUGCGCUGCCAAAAACAUCAGGUUGUUUGGUACCUCAGACCUCAUCGAUAUUUUAAAGUCUUGCGUUCGUUUGGUCGUUCCGCCUGCCCACCCUCUGCUCAACGCAUGCGAGAACGAAUUCUGCCGGCGGGCGUGGGACAUGAAGCUGGACCAGGUGCUGCUGGUGGCCGAUUGCUGGCGCUGCCUGGACCGCAGCGUCCCUUCCUACCUGAGCAUUUUGUUCAGCUACACCAACAUGCACUGGAAAGACCUCACUUUGCCCCAGUUUGUUCAGCUCGUUUACAUCAUAGGUGAAGGCCGGAGGUCACCCGCCGACUUGGCACAGAAGGUGGAGAGUGCGAUUUUGAAGUACUUGGACACUUUCACCUUGGAGGAGGUGGGUGCGAUCUGCUUAGGGCUCUUCAAGUCCCUCAGUGGCAUCUCUGACCAUGUCAUGAGAAAAAUUGCAGACAGAGUGUCCCUGCAGAUGGAAGACAUGAGCACCUACGCUUUGGUGAACGUCCUCAAAAUGCUCCGCUACUCUCGCAUGGACCACUUACCCCUCUUGAAGGAACUUGGGAAGGUUAUUCCCGCUCGGAUUCCUACGAUAAACAUCCAGGGCAUCAUGCACAUCACUCUUACCUGUUCAUCCCUACACUACUUUGAUGAAGGCAUUAUGGCUGCUGUAGCCACGUCUUUGCCUUCUAAGGUGACUUAUUGCCGAAGCAAAGACGCUGCCAAGUUCCUGUGGUCAUUUGGGUGCCUGGACUAUGAACCUCCAAACGAGGAGGAGUUUUACUCCAGCCUGAUAGAGCAGAUGCAUAGAAAACUCCAUGAAUUUAGGAAGUUUCCAGAGCAUCUCCUUACUGGUUUACUUGGCCUGGCGUUUGUCAAACGCUUCCCAGAGGAGCUCAUAGACUACGCUUUGGGGGAUGAGUUUGUCCAGAAAACGAGAGAUAGUAAAUACGAGCUCAAAAAGGACCUGUUCACCCUUAGUAGGAGUGUUGAAAUCGAGUGCCCGAGCUACCGAGGCAGCCGCCUUCCGCCUCAGCUCGAUCAGGAGAUCACUGAGAUGAUUUUGAAUUUUGCAGAGCAGGAAAUCUAUGUCAGGCCUGAAAUUGUGGAAGCCACCUCUCUUCUCGAGAGCAUGUUGGGUGGCCCCGAGUACGUGAGGAACCACAUGAUCCUACCUCACACGAGAUCCAGUGAUCUGGAGGUGCACUUGGCCAUGGAUGGACAUCCCAUCCCUUUCAACUCAAAACAGCCUGUUGCAGAUAAGAAAUUAGAAGAGGUCGGAGUGAGUCUAACGGAUGAGUUAAUGACUCAGCUUAUAAAAGGGAGGUCUAAUAUCCAGCCUGUCGCAGAAGCGGAAAACAAAGCUGGGAUGAGGGGGGAAGAAGCACGAGCACCAAGUGCUGCGCUUUUAGGUCAAGCUCUUCUCACGGAUGCCAGGUUGCGAGUCGAGCCUAAAUCGGGGCACUCUCUUGAACCCCCACCUUCUCUCGCAUUGAGUCGUCACCCUCGGGGGGUGAAACUGGCCAUCCAGGUGUCCAACCGCAACCACUACUGCUAUGGCUCCAAGCGGCUCCUGGGGCUGCACCACCUGAAGCGGCGGCAGCUGCGGCAGCUGGGCUACGUGGUGGUGGAACUUCCCUUCUGGGAAUGGUUCCCCCUCCUCAAACGCACGCGGCUGGAGAAGCUCAGCUACCUCCAUUACAAAGUGUUCGACCCGGCGCUGCUGCGCAGGGCUGGUUGGGCCUGACGCAGCCUCCCCGAUGCAUCUCUCUAAUUACUGAUUAAAACGGUCUCUGAGGGUUUGUUAAGUUUUUGGCAGGUGCUUUAUGUGCUCAGGCUGCCUUGCUAUAUUAUUCAAUUCUGCUCUGUUGACAGUCUUAUGUCCUGCUCUCUCCUUUUGUACAUAGAUCCUCAGAUGCUAAAUAAAAACUACUGUCCCAUUCA